AUGGACGUUAUUAACAGCGUUCGCGGGUGCCUAGCUACAUGGAACAAAGGUGGAGAAUCGGAAUGCCGCAACAUUCUCAUCUCUCCUCAUUGUAACCCAUCCAAUUCUCAAUGUUUGGAUGUUCUUACAACUGCUUAUCACACCCUCCUGGCGUCCGUUCUUUCCACCUGGUCACCAGCGCACACCCUUUCGCUAAAUGCGUUCGUGGACUUCGUUCAAUCGGUAUUGCGUGACCUGCCCUCUUCCUCUUCUUCAUCCUCGACUGCGUCCACAAAUGCCUCUAUAUUUGGAGAGCAUCUUGUAGACGUUCUUUGGUCUAUUGACGCCGAAUUGGAUGAGACUCUGAGUGAUUCCCGACUUGCCGUCACUGCAUCUGCCGACCAAGGGGCACCGGCCUCAACUGUCUUGGCCAAGGCCAAGAAAGCUAAGCAGAACGCAGAAAACGACAAGGAGAAAGUACAACUCAUCGUUAAGCGGCUUUUGGAGUGUGGUAUUAUCAGCCCCGAGUCAUGUCGAGAAAGGCUUGACUCCACAGUACUGGCAAGCGUUGGAUUAAUCCCCGACAAAGCAUCGUUAGACAAGAAGGAGAUAAGGACACGGACGGGCUUAUUCUACAAGCAAAACAAGUUCAAUUUACUUCGUGAACAGUCGGAGGGGUACAGCAAGCUAACAGUCGAGCUUACGAGUAGCUUAGGACUGGCUCACUCUCCGCAAACAGGCCGUCCGACAGAGACAUAUACCGCUAUUGAGGAUCGUGCUCGACCUGUAUGGGAGAAAGUAAUAAGCCUAAUUGGCUACUUUGAUCUUGAUCCCAACAGGGCCCUCGACAUCAUUCUUGAUGUUCUCUCAAUACACUUAGCGACGCAUUACACCUUCUUCCUUGCUUUACUGUCAUUCUCGCCAUGGCGUGCCUUAUACCGGCCUCCGAAACCCCAAGAGGAUAGUGCAGAGAUGAAUGUCGACCUCUCACCACCUUUCUCAAACAAAUCACUUGAAGAGGUGCUCUCCUUGGCAGCAAAGAAUAGUCCUAACCCUGCUCCAUGUCCAAAAACUAGUAGUCCUCGGGUUCUUGCGCAGGUUCUCGGCUUCAAGUUUGUGUACUAUCAGUCUUCUGAUAUUGUUGAAGCUGCUCCCCGCAAUUUAUAUCUUACCGCUGCGCUUCUGAUACGAGAGGGUUUCAUUACACUUGAAGAUCUUUAUUCGCAUCUUCUCCCACUCGACGAAGAUAUGGACAACGACCGGAAAGAGUACAUAUCCAAUGUGCAAUCAAGGAUAUCUGGAGCCAAGACAAGUCAGCUAGCCAUGUCUGCUCCACUUGAGUCGAACGCUUUAUCCAAUCCAAAGUAUAAACCUCCGACACCGGUAGAGCAGAAAAAAUCGGACGUCAAGGAUACAAAUCAAAAGGUCGGACUACUGAAUGCCUUGCUUUCAGUGGGCGCGAUGCAACCAGCAAUUGCUAUUAUGUCCAAAUUCCCGUGGCUGGUUGACGCACAUCCUGAGAUAGCUGACCUCAUGAUUCGAGUGAUGAAAGCCUCUUUAUCUCCCCUUUACGACAGUUUAAUGGUAACCAAAGAGCGGAAUGUCAGCUUUACUCAAGCUAGAGCUCGUUACGGGGCUUCAGGCGUUGCUUACCCAAACCCUCGCAAACCAGUACUCACCCUUUGGGCACCUACACCACCCAGCACCAGCACGACUGAUUUCGUUUUCUUUUUCCCUGACUGGCCGGACAGAGUUCCAAUCAGCUCAUCUUUGGAUGACUUGGAGACUGUAAUUGAGCCUUUGAUGCGCUUCAUUGGCCUCCAUGUGUCGCGGGAUCCCUUGUUUUUGACUAAAUUUCUGCGUCUGGGGCGUCUUCACCUGCAAUCAACAGUUCCCAUUGACCCUCAAACCAAGAAGCCUAACGGUGAACCAGACCCCGACAACCACGUACGCCUAUUUUGGUUCCAGAUCUUGAGGAUGUAUCUUUUACCGGCUCUGCCCCUCAUACGUGGUAAUGCGGUUUGCACGGUUGAGGUCUGGAAUAUCAUUCGCCAAUAUGAAACCACCGCUCGGUGGCGGCUUUAUGGAGAAUGGAAAACAACCACCUACAAGAGCCAUCCUGAACUUCGGAUUCGAGAGGUCCAAGCAGAUCGUGAAUCAAAGGGCAUCCUCCGCCGUCUCUCUCACAACACCAUCGAUUCCUUGUCAGGGACUGUUGCCAAACUCGCCCAUUCUAACCCCUGCAUCUUCUUUGCAAACGCUGUGAACCAGAUCAUGGCCUACGAUAAUUUAGCCAACGUUGUUAUACAAGCUCUGCGUUACGUCACCAACAUGGGCUUCGACGUUCUUGUUUUCGUCAUCCUUGAUGCACUCGCCAACCCAAGAAAAGAACGCGUGAAGGACGACGGCGUCAAUACGUCAGACUGGCUUCAAAGCCUUGCCUCCUUCACAGGAAUGCUUUUUAGGCGCUAUAGCGCCGAUUUAACGCCAGUUCUGAGAUACAUCGUCCACCAGCUUCACAACGGACAAACUACAGAGAUAGCUGUUCUACGUGAACUCAUCUGGAAGAUGGCCGGUAUUGAGCCUUUGCCGAGUUUAUCCGAGUCUCAAAUAGCUGCUAUGGCUGGCGGUCCCAUUCUGCGUAUCGAGGCUAUCGCUUCAUCUACACGGGGAGCACGAUUAGACCCAGGCGACGCUGUUCUCAAAGGUCCCCAGAGACUUGGCAAGGGCCUCCUUGAUUCUUCCUUAGCCCUACCACUGCUUAUUCAAGUUGCUCAGCAACGUCAGGCUUGCGUAUAUAAGGCACCAGACGCACAUUUAAAGUCUUUGGCAGGCCUUUAUGAUGCAACGCAUGGUGUUUUGCUACAAUAUCUCGAACUACUCACGUCGCCUUCGGUCGUUUCCCCUCAAGAUUAUGCAAAUAAAGUCAUUCCAUCUAUCGCGGAACUUGCAGAGCGCUACGGUCUAUGUGCUCCUAUUUGCAUGCAAAUCAUUCGUCCAGUAUUGCAUACAUCACUGCUGUCUUCCGCAUUGGCGAUGCAAGAACAGGAACGAGCUGCUAACGAGGAAGUUGAGAAACGUCUGAAAGCUGCUCUGCUUACAAAGCGAGAACCAGGAACGGCGGCAUCUCGUAUCGCUUCUCCCGCCAUAGGAACUCCUGCAUCUGAGAUUUUAGCAGAUGCAAAACAACCACCAGACGAAUCAUCAGGUACAGAUGAAAUUCUCAUGGAAGUUGAUGCAACCUCCGCGCCGAUCAUUCAAAGCACAGAUAGCCCCUGGCUACCUGAGCUGGAAGCCCUUUUUGAGGACAUCAAAAAAAUCGCGCCCGGCAACGCUUAUGAUGUCAUUGGACCUGGUUUCUACCUCACAUUUUGGCAGCUUUCAACAUAUGAUUUAGUUCCUCCUUCGGCGAGGUACAACGAAGAAGGUGCCGCCUUGCGCAUCUUGAGCCGCCAAGAAGAUUCGAAAUAUAUUGCGGCAGACCGUUCAGCUGACCGCUCCAAGCGUUUGACAGCAUCCUCCCACCGAACUCGUCGUGAUCGCUACAAUCACUUCAUAAAUACCCUUGCGCAAGAAUUCAAGGAACAGACCCUAUCCCGGGCUUUCACCAUGAAGCGCCUGGCUCGGGAGAAGCAACAUUGGUUUGCGCAAUCUACCAAAGCCAUGAUGUUGGUGAACUCGCUUAUUGAGCAUUGUAUUCAGCCACGGUGUCUUCUUUCACCUAUGGAUGCCGACUUUUGCGCCCAAUUUAUCAAAGUCAUGCAUACUCAAGGUACCCCUGGUUUUCACACACUCAUGUGCUAUGACAAGCUAUUGGGGGAUCAUGUCAAAGUCGUCUUAUUCUCCUGCAGCGAGUAUGAGGCUCGUAACUACGGUCGUUUCUUAUUGGGCGUACUGUCGGAUCUUCAUAAAUGGCAUCUGGACGAAGCAGUAUAUAUGCAAGAUAAUCGAACCAAAAUUGGCGGGAAAACUGUGCUCCAUCCUGGCCUUCAAAGAGUCCUCUCAUACAAGACUGUUCAGCCUGAUAGUCUUUUGAAGUGGGAUGCGUUUCGGCAAAUUUUGCGCAAAUGGCAUCGUAAAUUGGCGAAGUGCUUCGUCGAGUGCAUCCAAACCGGAGAGUUUAUGCACGUUUACAACGCAAUCAUCGUCCUGAAGGAGAUUAUCACCGUGUUUCCUUUGGCUGAGGUCACAGAUACUGGAGCUGCGCUUGAUAUUACUAUGGAUCGCUUUUUAGAGACGGAGGAACGGGGCGAUUUGAAGAUCCUUGGUCGAGCAUACUCCGCUAGCCUGAAGAAACGAGAAACCUUCUGGGCAAUGUCGAAACUAUCAGGAAAGUCGAACGGAAACGCUUCUCCGAUGCUGUUGACGUCCGGAAGCAGUCCAAGCUCAGAGAAGUUGAAGAGUGCUCUCCCUCCUACCAGCGGUGGGCCCGUUUCUCAACCAGCUGCUGUAAACGAUGGACGCCGUAGUACAGUACAACCGCCUUCAACACCAUCCGCUCCACGAGCUCAAAUCGCAACUGCAACUCAAUCUGCAGUAGAGAAAUCGACCAUAGGUCCUUUAAACUCAGCUAAACUUGCGAUGGAGAGCAUCCCUCGGCCAGAGGUUGUUAAGCGGGUUCGACCGGACCGCAGUGAUUCUCCCAAGCUCACUACUGACGCAUCGGUGCAUCCAAAGACCGAUUUGACAGUUGUGGACCGCAAAGUUUCAAGCCUUGUCCCUGCCGACGCACGAGAAUCCCCUCACAGCCCACACUUCAAUAGUCCUGCUAAUAUUGACGCCUCCCGCUACCAAUCAGCCACCUCUUUACCAAAUUACCGCCCUCUAGAUGAUAAAACACCUCGCUUAGACGGCCAUCCCGAUAUGCCACCCCCUUCAGUCCCAAGUCAGACCGCAUCGGCUCAGGAACUUAGGGAAACCGCGAGACAAUCCAUUCGUCCAGACAAGGUGGAGAGCAGAAGUCAGAAUGGAUCUGCGGCCCCAUCGCCUCGUCUCCGGUCGCCAUCGCCUUCUAGUCGCCCUGGGACAAGAAAUGGCAGUUCUGACAGUCGUGCCAGUGGAGGGAAGUCACGCUCAGACCGAGGGAAUGCUGAUGGCGGUUCGGAUGAACGGCGGUCAGACAGGGAGAGCAGGCAUGACGCUCGCGAUGCAGGAACUCUUGGACGCCGCGACAGUCUCACACACAACCGCGGAGAUCGGCCCAAUAGAGAGCGAACCUCUACCCGGGAAAGUGACAAGGAUAGAGAAGACAAAGACCGAGGGCGUGAUCGACACAGCGAAAGAGACCGUGAGAAAGAUAGAGAACGCGACCGUGACAGAGAACGUGAUCGGGAACGUGACCGUGAUCGUGAUCGUCACCGCCGCGACGAUAAAGAUCGGGAACGAGAUGCAAGAAAAGACCGUGACGGGACUGUUACAGGUCGUGUUGCCACAAUAGCAUCUCAGGAUGACCGGGGCCUUCCUACUCGCCCCGAUCUUUCGCGACACCGGCACCCUCUCCAAAACGGUGAUGAUGGUCUUGGAAAGAGAAGACGCCCUGCAGAUGAUGACGUGAGUAAAUCCAUUGCACAACGUGGGAAAUUAUUCACUCCUCUCAAGCCAGAGCGAGGUUCAAAACGAAGCGCUCGCAAGGAAGGUCAUCGUGAUGAACGUGGUCGUCGAUUUCCUGAAAAAGAUAGCCACGACAGGACCCGCGAAUCUGACCGGCGACGUAAGGAUCGCGAUCCGGAGAACGAGGGACGUGCUUCACCCUUGGAUAAGGUAAACGAGAAGAGGUUACCUGACGGUCCCCUAUCAAGCAAAAUAUUACCACCCUCUGCACCGCGGGCCAUGGCUAGUGGCGCAGAUUCUGCAAGAUCCAAGGCUGAUCAGAAUUCAGGCCGUGAACGCAGCCGCGACACUCUACCUAAAUCAUCUGGGUCGAGCAGUAAUCCGCAACCUACGCAGGCCGGGAGCCUACGAUCUCGCAUAGGCGAAAAGGAGAUGCCACCUUCCGCACCUUUAUCUUCGCCUAUCCCAUAUCGCAGUGACCCUUCACGGAGUGAAGACGACCGAGAUGGUGGUAGGAAACGGACCGCUUCAGACCGUGAAAAGGAUUCCAGUGAAAUUCCCCCAGGUCCAGACAAUGACCAGGCCAUGCAGGCCCCCAAGCGACCUCGAAUAAAUCGGAAUCGUUAUAAUUCGAACUCGCACGCUAUCGCAAGGAAAUUAUUGCCUAUUGAUCCUCUAGCUGGUGACAAGAGCCAACGAAGACAAGAUUGA